AAGGGUAACUUGUGAAGCUUCCAGCUCAACAUUUGCCAUGUGCUACUCUGGACACCUCCGGAUUCUUGUGAUUCUUGCAUUGGAGCUGGAGACUAUGUUUUCGGACUAAGGCGUAGUGUUGCACUCAGUCGUGCGCACAGGGCUGACAUUGAGCGGGGUGAGUCCGUGGUCACCGUCGGUCUAGCACAACCUGGCCCACCAUGUUCGCCAAUGCGCUCAAAUCGUUUUCCUCCAACAUCGCCAGCAACUACUCCAUUGCUCCUCAGCCGUCUGCUUCUGCCGGUGUAUGGAAGAUUUACGAUGCAAAAUCCAAGCGGACAGGCAAGGCUGCCUCGAUAUUCGUCUUCGACAGAAAGAGCUUGGAGGCGCCGGGCGGCAACAGCGCUCUCGGAGGGCGCAGUGGAGGUGUAUCGCUGAAGCGCGCUCAUGAGGAGGUGCUUGAAUCAUUGAAGAAGGAGGCCAGCAGUCUUGCUCGCUUACGACAUCCGUCCAUCUUGGAGCUCGCGGAGCCCGUGGAAGAGACGAGUCGCGGGGGCCUGCAAUUCGUUUCGGAGCCAGUCGUCAGUAGUCUGGCAGGUCUGCUGGAAGAGAAGGAACAAAGUUCUUCGAGGUCCAGUGGCCGCGUCAGUCGCUAUGUCGUCGACGAGUCUGAUGGCAGCGGGCGGCGGAAGGAAUUCGAAAUCGAUGAGCUGGAGAUCCAAAAGGGCCUUCUCCAGCUGGCCAAGGGCCUUGAAUUCCUGCAUGAGAGCGCUGGCCUGGUCCACGCCAACCUCACGCCCGCAGCGGUCAUCGUCAAUGCGAAGGGAGACUGGAAGAUCUCCGGUCUGGCAUUCUGUAGCCCUCACGAGAGCAGCCAGUCUGCUUCAGCGGUACAACCUAUCAGCCUACACGAGGUCCUGAACCACGACCCUAGACUGCCGCGUAGCGUGCAACUGAACAUUGACUACACUUCGCCCGAUUUUGUCUUGGACAAUUCCUUGACUUCUUCAGCUGACAUGUUCAGCUUGGGUCUUCUGAUCAUUGCACUCUACAAUAACCCGCAUAGCUCACCAAUCAGCACGGGCUCGUCGUUGUCAGCGUAUAAGCGCAUAUUUUCGAGCUCAUCAUCAGUGCCUUCGCAGCACAACAAUUUCCUGGUGCCUGCUUCUCACCCACUUCCGCCGAAACUGGCCUCCGAGCUGUUACCACGGCUUAUCACGCGACGGCCUGCUCAAAGACUGACAGCCAAGGCCUUUCAAGAAGCAAGCUAUUUUCAAAAUGUGCUCGUGGACACCAUACGCUUUCUUGAUGCCCUGCCAGGCAAAACACAAAACGAAAAAGUCGCUUUCAUGCGUGGGCUGCCAAAGAUCAUGCCUCAAUUUCCAAAGAACGUUCUCGAGAAGAAAGUGCUUCCCGCGCUGCUCGAGGAGAUGAAAGACAGAGAUCUGCUGGCAUUGAUUCUGUCCAAUUUGCUGGCGAUGACCAAAGAGAUGCCUAAUGGAAAGAGAGCUUUCACAGAUCAGGUUGUACCGAAAUUGCGGGAAGUUUUUUUGACCAGCAAGCCCGCUGAGAGGGACACUUCCAAAGAAGGUGCUUUGAUAGUGCUGCUCGAGGCCAUGGAGACGAUCACUGAGAAUUGCGCCGGAAAGGAAUUUCGAGAUGAUAUUCUGCCCAUCAUCCUGCUCGCUCUAGACUCACCGACACAUGGGCUCAUUGAUGCUGCGCUCAGCACAUUACCAUUUGUACUGCCCUGUCUCGAUUUCAGUACUGUCAAGAAUGAGUUGUUCCCAGUCAUUGCACAGGUCUUUGCAAAGACGAGCAGUCUCCAUAUUAAAAUUCGAGGGCUUGAGGCCUUUUCGACGCUCUGCGGUAGCUCGGAGCAAGACGACGGUGACAACGAUGGACUCAACGGGAUCGGCUUCGCUGACUCGAAAUCCAACUCGAAGACGAACAGUGUAAUCCUCGACAAAUAUACCAUCCAGGAGAAGAUGGUACCCAUGCUUCGUGGUAUCAAGACAAAGGAGCCGGGCGUAAUGAUGGCUGCUCUCAAGGUCAUGCGACACAUCGGAGGUGUCGUUGAUAUCGAGUUCCUCGCCAAAUCAGUGUUGCCGAUUCUUUGGGAUUGGUCACUCGGGCCAUUGCUGAACCUCGAGCAAUUCGCUGCUUUCAUGAAGCUCAUCAAGACAUUGAGCAACAGGAUUGAGGCAGAGCAGACUAAGAAACUCCAAGAACUGUCGAGCAGUGGCGGUCAUGCUAAUGGUGGUGUUCCUUCGGCACGCGGCUCAACGCGAACCCUUGCAGCGUCAAAUGGGCAGAGCAAUGGCGAUCAUACAGAUUUCGAGCAGCUCGUAUCCGGGCGCACACAGCCUGGGAAUGGCAAUGACUUGAUGAACGAUUGGAGCGCAUCAGUGCCAGCACGUCCGCAGCGAAACGCAUCGCAGACAAGUACCCCAACCUUCUCUUGGCAGACGAGCUCCUCAAAUCCUGCCACUCAGACGUCGAUGUCCUCUUUACGACCAGCGCAGAUCCCUGGACGUACAGUAACACCAGACUUGGCAGCUUUCAGCUCCCUCGUACCCUCCAGCCAAUACUCUCAACCUCUGCAGCCUCAGUCGGCAAGCUCUUCGAACAUGUCGUCACCAGCCCCAACAUCCAAGCCAAACUACGGAGGAUCGGUGGACUGGUCCACUGCCGCCUCGCGCUCAACUCCGACAUGGUCGACUCAGACUCCUUCUCUGCCCAAUCACUCUACGUCUGGCACUCGGCAGCCGAGCACCUUCUCCUUACCUCCGCCACCGACGAGUCCACAAGCGGUGCAGCCCCACUAUGGCAUGCCAAGCAUGUCUCUCGCACAGAAGUUGCAGCAACAGCCACAACAGCAGAAGCCACAGAAUAACCAACCCAGUGGGCUGGACAAAUACGAAAGCCUGAUAUAGCCCCGGAAGAACCUACCAUGGAUCUACCGGUCUGGUCAACUGAAUGCAGAUGCAAUGUUCGAUGUCUCCCGGUUCCAAAGCUACGCCUCAUCAUCAUUUCGAUUGUGCGCUGGUCGUAUCCGGUAUUGGCCAGAUGUGACGUACCAAGAGCAGAUCUCAGCAUGGAUCGUGGAAAGCUUGUGUCCAAGAUGAGCACCCAUGCGUUGUUUCAGAAAUGAUAAGCUUCCGGGUACGCAUGUGUGAGCUUUAGCCACAGUUCGACCGGAUGUUAGUUGAGACGUCGAACGCCCUCAGGUUGUAGAAGAGCAGCUCUGUUACCAGCAGAUGCGGAGAGCUAUGCCCUUCCCAGCGCCGUCGCGCGCAAUGGCAAAUUGAUGAGCGUGUGAUCGAGUCAAGGUACCGCGGAGUGAGCUCCACCCUCGCACGAAAUUGACUCUCAGCAAUCUAAUUAGGGACCGGAUUCAGAGACGUGACAGUCAUGACCAUUACUCCUUAUGUUGUGCGAAAUGGUGCUAAGCGAUUCGCGGCCGACCACUUGCAUUCUCCGCGGUGACGGCGCACAACAUGCUUAGCUCAUCAGCAUAAAUGUGUCAACAUGCAUGCUCGCAAUAUGUGGCACGUUUCGACAUUCAAGAGAGGUAA